UUAAUUUUUAUAAGAAAAAUGUCAGAUGAUGAACGUUUGUCUCUGCAUUCUUAUAAUCCAAUUUAGGAAGAUAUUAAUAAUGAUGAAAUUGAUGAAUUUUACAAGGAAUUAAGUUUGCAAUUUUAUGGAGAAGAGAAAAAAAAGAAAGUCUCAUUAUUGAUGUCUGGUUCAACUUAAGUAACAAUUAUAUUAAAUCUUAAAGGAGACUAAUAAACCUAGUAGAGAAACACUGCCAGAAUUUAAGAAAGGUUUCAUGUUUACGAAGUAAUCAUCAAGUCGACCAGGUAGUCCAAAAAGUGGACGUAAUUAGGUAUAAAGAAAAUCACCUAAUUAAAAAUAACAGAGUAGUCCUACAACUAAUAAAAUCAUUCAAACAAAGAAACUAAUUUAAUUACUCUAGUCACCUUACAAUGUUAAGAAUUAGCAAAAGCAGACUUUCUUAAACAAACAGAUAGACAUGAUUAGAAAGAUUUAGGUAUAAGAAUUAAAGGAACAUUAUUAUAAAUGA